GCAGAACCAGAGGUCUAGGCUCUGGGACGCCACCAUGUGCGGCAUACUCGCGGCGCUGGGGAUAACGGGCGACGCGGAGAAGAACAGGAGGGAAAUUCUGCAGCUAAGCAGGCUUUUGAGACACAGGGGCCCAGACCAGAACUCGUGCUACCAGGCUGCGGAUGGCAGGGCCUUCAUCGCCUUCGAGCGCCUCAUGAUUGUGGACCCCACUGACACGGGCAGGCAGCCGUUCCGGAUCCCCACACCAGAAGGCAACAUCGCCUGGGCCCUCAACUCGGAGAUCUACAACCACGAGGUGCUGCGUGCCACCAAGCUGGCAGACGUGGACCUGCACUCGCGCUCUGACUCGGCGGUGGUGGGCUACCUGUACCAAAAGUACGGCGACACCAAUGAGCUGUGGAACAGCCUGGAUGGCAUCUUUGCCUGCAUCAUUUUGGACGAGCGCACAGGCUACUUUUGCGCAGCGCGAGACCCCAUCGGCAUCUGCUCCCUUUACUGGGGCCAUGGCGCUGACGGCUCAGUAUGGUUUGCUAGCGAGAUGAAGGCGCUGCAGACCAAGUGCACCAACAUUGAGUGCUUCCCGCCGGGCCAUGUGUACCGUAGCAGCACGGGCAAGCUGGAACGGUGGUUCAAGCCCGACUGGAUCAGCUUGGAGAACAUCCCUAAGACACCCGUGGAUCUGCCGUUACUCAAGCAAACCUUCAUCGACGCGGUUGUGAAGCGACUGAUGAGCGACGCACCGCUGGCUAUCCUGCUGAGCGGCGGUCUAGACUCAAGCCUGGUGGCCAGCGUGGCGGUGCGGCACAUCAAGGAGGCCAAGAACGCGUUUGACCCUGACCACAAGCUCCACACCUACUCCAUCGGCAUUAAGGGCUCGCCUGACCUGAUUGCCGCGCGGAAAGUGUCCGAUUUCCUGGGCACCAUUCAUCACGAGUUCACUUUUACCGUGGAGGAGGGUAUUGACGCCUUGUACGACCUCAUCUGGCACAUUGAGUCCUAUGAGCAGGUGCGCGCGGCGGUGCCCAUGUACCUGCUCAGCCAGCGCAUCAAGGCGAUGGGCAUGAAGGUAGUGCUGUCGGGGGAGGGUGCCGACGAAAUCUUUGGCGGCUACCUCUACUUCCACAAGGCGCCCUCACCAGAGGAGUACCACCGCGAGUGUGUGCGGCUCGUGACACGGCUGCACCAGUGGGAUGUGCUGCGCGCCAACAAGGCGCCCUUUGCCUUUGGCCUCGAAACCCGCGUUCCCUUCUUGGACAAGCAGUUCCUGCAGGUGGCGAUGAACAUUGACGCCGCGGACAAGAUGCCCAACCUGUCGGUCAAGCCCGAUGGCGUGCACGCCAAGCUGGAAAAGUACAUCCUGCGCAAGGCCUUUGAUGAGCCAGACCACCCCUACCUUCCGGAUGAGGUGCUGUUCCGCCAGAAGGAGCAGUUUAGCGACGGCGUAGGGUAUGACUGGGUGGAUGGGCUCAAGGAGUAUGCGGCGCAGGUGGUGACGGACGACAUGUGGGAGUCACGGUUUGAUCGCUUCCCAGAGCAUCCGCCUCGCACACGCGAGUACUUCUUGCUGCGCUCCAUCUUCCAAUCACACUUCCCGCAUCCCGAUGCCAUCAAGACCGUGCCUCAGGGCCUCUCCAUUGCCUGCUCCACGCCAGAAGCGCUCAAGUGGGACCCUGAAUGGGAGAACACGCACGAGAUAAGCGGCCGCGCUAUCAAGGCACCCUCCAUCAUUUUUACCCCCUGA